AUGGCUGACAGUAAAACAUCAUGGCCCGAACUCGUUGGAAAGUGCGGUGAGGAAGCGAAAGCAAUUGUGUUGAGAGAAAGGCCUGAUCUUAGCGAGGUGGAAGUCAUCAGAGAUAAUUCUCCGGUAACGAUGGAUUACAGGGAGGACAGGGUGAGAAUAUUCACCGAUGAACAUGGGAAAGUUAGCUGUCCUCCAUCGUGUGGAUGA